UGGAAACAGGAGAUGAAAGAAGGCGAUUUGAUGAAGCAGAAACGAAUUCUUCAGGAAAAAUUGGAAGAAGAGAAAGUUCUAAAGGAAUCUAUUGAACAAAAGAAGAUCAGAGCCUUGCAAGAAAAGAGAGAAGAGCAGGCGAUGUUGGAGGAGCACAAGAGACAACUUGAGUUGGAACGCCAAGAGCAAGAUAGAAGAAUUAGGGAAAAGGCAGCUGAAUAUCAGAGGAUGCUUCGAGAGAAAGACGUCAUUCUUGAACGGAAACGAGAAGCCAAAGAGCGGGAAAGACAAGAGAACCUGAGAUUAUUCCAGAUGCAAUUGGAGAUGAGUGAAAAGCAAGAGAUGGAGCGUAUGAAGCAAGAGAAGAUCCGACAAGAGAGACUCAAGAAAGCAGAGAGGAUGGCUGGAGAGCUCAACAAUCGAGCUGCGGAAAUGGAUCAUGAACUUGAAAUGAGAAUUCAAAAAGCACAAGAAGAAUUCAGGAACAAAGAAAUUGAACGAGAAAAUGCCCAAAAGCUUAAGAAAAAAAAUCUCGAGCAAGAGACUCAGCGAGCUCUCGAUGCGCAACUGAAAGAGAAGGAGGUCCAGAAACAAAUUGAGGAGGAAGAGCGAAAGCGCAUUGCCCAACAGUACCAGAGAGAAGCGCACGAGUUUGGAGAGCAGCAGCAGUUGGCUUAUCAGGAAAAGCUGCAGAAGAGGCGGAAGAUCAAAGAAGAUUUAGGGCAACAGCUCCAGAUAAAGGCUAAACAAGAACGGGAUGUCAUCAUGAGCAAAGCUGAGCUGAAGAUCAAUUCAGAUCUUUUGAGGAAAGUUGUCGAGAAAUUGCCGACAUCAGAAGUUCCUACACAGAUCGUAGAGAGUUUGAAUGAGUCGCAAGCCGAAGGGGCAGACCCACGGAACGAAUGGGAGUGAAGUAACUUUUGACGUUCGCAAGUCUAAUCGAGAAUUUUAUUGCACUAAAUUGUUGAAAUGGUGGUAUUGGCAGAAUGUCAUGUCUAAUGGACUUUACUUGUGCUCGCGAGCCGACGCUAGCUGACUUGUUUCCCAAGGCAGACUGUUUCGUUGGUCCUCCCAGAUACUCUCUCGCGCAUCAUUGCCCAGCCGCUUGUAGAGAGCAUUUGCACCCUCAUUCGAGAACUUCUGGUCCUCAUCUCCCUCUCUGGUUUCUCCCCAAGCGCCUUCCGGCAGCUUGUCCAAGUCUUUCUUUAUCAGGUCCUUGAUCGAGUCCCAUUUCCUCUUGCACGCGCUUGUUUCCCACUUCCCCUCGCAUCCAGUCACGGCACCCCACUGCGCCUUUCCAUGCACAAGCUGCCACACAAGAUCAUCAGAGAUUCGCAAUUGCCGAUCCGCCUUCAUGGAAGCAAUGGCGUUCUCCAUCUGGACUUUCUUGUACACAUCGACGCUGGACUUCUUCUUGUUUUUGCCGUAGUAAGUGAUCCCUCGCACAUCGCCGCCAAACACCAAACGCAGCACUUCAUUGGCAUUCCCUCCAGCUUUGAUCACUGCGAACUUAAGCCAGUCACUGAGAAGUUUCGCCUUCUGAGUUUCAUAUUCUUUCUUAUCGAUCACUCCAUUCUUGUAAACCAU